AUGGCCUUGUGCCCUGGCGACACCACCGAAUGGGAUGAUGUGCAGCGGAAAUUCGGCAACUUGCCGCCCUUGGUGAAGGAGGUUCCACAACGAGAACUUCACCAAGCUUUGGUUGAGGCGGCUGAGGCCUACGAGCCCCUCGAACACCGAAGCUUCGAAGAGUUGGAGGCUUUGGAGGAGGCCCCAGUGGACGAGGACCUGCUGCGGAAGUACCGGAAGCAGCGCUUGGCCCGGAACCUUGCAUUGCAGGCGCAUGCUGUGCCGCCUGCAAGUCCAGGAGGCCCAGGCAUCCAGCACUUCUCCAUACCAUGCGGUAAGGUGCUGGGCAUCCCGCUUCGACUUCAUGUGCUUCUUCCGCUGACAGUGGUACUGGCUGGCCUCAGCCCACUUGUUUCAGGCCAUCCAUGGCUUUCCGUCGUUCUCGCUGUUCUCGUUGCCGGGCCUUUACUGCUCAUCACCGUUUUGAUCCACGAGCUGGGACACGUCCUAGCCGCUAGGAAAUGCGGAUGCACGGCUGAUCACAUACUUCUCUGGCCGCUGGGUGGGUUGGCUUUUAUCGGAGGAGCCGUCGUUGGUCCCAAGGCGCAGAUCUUUAUCUCUGCUGCUGGUCCUGCAACUCAUCUGCCAAUGCUUGGUGCAUGGGCACUGCUCCUAGCAGUGCUUCAUGGUCAAGUCACCUUAUCUCUGAGCGGUCUUUUCUACGAUCGGGACUUCUUCAGCUUGGUGUGCAUUGCCAUGUUGAAUACCAAUGUUGCGAUGCUACUCUUUAACUUGCUGGUCCCUUGCUUUCCGCUCGACUGCUCCCGGAUCUUGGCAAGCAUGCUCCUUCUGUGGAUGGAGCCUGGCAAAGCCGCCGGCGUUGUUGUGGUAUGCUCCGUCAUUGCGCUCGUUGUGCUUGUCGGCCUGAGCAUCUGGUCGUAUGCGGAAAGCAGCGCUGCACUGUCGUUGAACUUGGUACUGGCUUUCUGGCUUGCGAUGCAGACAUGGAGGUUGCACAGAAGUCGUCUGCAGGGGGACUUGGCUUCUGAUCCGCUCUUCGCUGCAGCGAUGGCCGCUCGGAGCCACGCGACCCCGGCGGCCCCCGCCACGGCAGCCCAAGCUCCAAACAGUUUCCGCCUCUUUGGAGGAGGCGCCGUGUCCUUGGGCAAAGCUACCGCAGCGCCCAGUAGCCAAGCUUGCCUGGGCGCUGCCAUCGCGCUCUGGGCCGAGCUGAAGGCCGCGGCCUCGGCGCGUUUCGGCGAGCUGCGGCAGCUCGUCCGGGCCGAGUACGUCCGAGAGGUCACCGAGGCCUCUGCAGAAGGACAGUGGGUGAUGGUGCUGCUGUACACAGAGAGCAGCCUAGCAUGUCAUCCGAUGAUGAGGCCCUGGGCAGAGGCAGCACGGCGAUUCCCUUCCGUGAAGUUCAUGAAGGGUGUGGCCUCUGAGAUCAUUCCUGACUUCCCGGACAGCCUGACGCCGACGGUGAUCAUGUACAAGGACAAGGAGUGCAUCAAGAAGGUGCAGGGCCUGGCCGAAUGGGGAGGAAGUCGCGUCUGUGUCGACUCCGUGGAGUGGGUACUGGCGGAGCUUGGCAUUGUGCAAUCCGAGCUCGAGGAGGAUCCCAGGGCGGCGACCGAGAUGACGGAAGCUGCUUGCCUUCAGGACGGGUCCGAGGAUUCCGACGAAGGCAAAGACGAUCGCAGCUACACCUCUUCAAGACUGGAGCGGACGCUGCGCGGAAAGUGGCGGUAA